AUGAAAACCUCGAUGGCCGAAUCCGCCGACGCGGAUUCGAAUGCGAAACGAAAUAAGCUGACUGACGCUGGUAUCAAAGUUGACUUCUUGGUGUUCGCAGGAGAUUUGGUCGAAAAAGCUCUUGAAGCGGCUAUGACUGAAGUUCCAUCUAGCAACGAUAACCAGGUAACGUAGUAACUUUUUGUUGAUAUUGAAUAAUGUAUUGUUUUUAUUUUGUGGUAUUGUAUUUGUGGUAUUCUGUAGUGGUCAAGUUCCAAAAUGUCAUGUCAACAGAGCAACCAUUUGAAAAGAGUGCUUCGGUAAACAAGUUUUAUUUGCUAACCGACCUUUAGCUCAACUUUGAUAGCCGAUUGCUUAGGGCUCUGUGUAGGAAAAUGUUUGGUGGUGUUACUCGUAGUAUCUUACUAUAGUCUCCGUAAAUAUAAGCUUACAUGUAAUUUGUGCAAGGGUCUAACAUUGUGAAGAGCUAUGAUUGUUAAUUUGGUUUCAGUUUACAGUACUGUAAAGGUUAAAGGAUGUUUUAAUAAUUAUGUAUGUUAUGGUUCAAGUUCAUUUUUGGUUUGAAUUUUAUUUUCUUUCGUUUGUGGGUAUGGUUAUGCGUUGAAACAAAGGAAAUAUUAUUUAGACUAAUUGAUUUGCUCUCUCAGUCUAUGACAGUCAACUCUAUUGAUUUUUAAAAAUGGAGAGUCUAGAGUGAUCUCGUUCUUUAAUUAACUAUAACUAUGACUUUGUAAGUUAUUGUACCCCAUUAAAUGAGCUAGCUCAAUUUUUGUACUUACAGUAGCCUAGGGGACCCGGGGGAAAAGUACUCGCGAUUUCAAGUGACGAUAGAUGAUCGAAUGGGGCGAAAAUCAAUACCCAAGAAAAUUUCUAGAGCUUCAAACAAAACCUCGAAAAAUCCCUGGACCAAAAUUUUACCCCCAAAAUAUCCCAUACGAAAUUUCCGAGCCAUAAAAUUUUCCGAAAAGUAUAAUUUUAAUGAUAAUAACAUGAAAAAUAGAAACAUUAGUAAUGGAAUGUUUGUGUUUGUUUAUUCAUCUCACCAUCUGGAGAAAGAACCUUUUUCACAUCUGGUGGUCAUUGUCAGAACACUCGAGACACUCAAGAACAUAUUCUGUUAGAUGCUUUAUGAACUACCGUAUGUUACUUUAUUUGCGGAACUACGCAGCCGGGAUACACAGGAACUGUCACGAAUCUUCAGAUUGUUUUGCUGAAUACCCAAAAAAAUCCUUUCUUAAAUCAAGCUACCCCAAAAAAUACAUGCCUAAAUUUUCCUACCUAAAAAGAUCCCGAGAUCAAAAAUUUACACCAUCCCAAAAAAAUCCUUCGAUCUUCCCUGUCACUUGAAAUCUGGAGUACUCCCCCUGGGCCAGGGGUUACCUCUUCAACUAUAACCAAUGAGUCAAGCCCUGCGGUUAACAGUUAAACAGUGCAAUACAAGGGCCUCACCUCAUGAGCCUGGCAGGCUGGGCUGACCUGUUUACUAAGACAAAUUUUGCCUUGGUUUCAUAUGACAAAUUUCAGCCCAGUUUCCGAGAUGAGAAAAGGCCAAAGAUCCUGGGAUGAGUUCUGACUUAAAAUUUAAAAAACAAAGCAUACAAGGCAAAACACAAAAAUUUUAACUUUCGCGACUUUGGCAACUCUUAAAGCUGUAUUAUUGCAGUACAUUAAAUAGGAAUUUGCUCAUAUGAUGUGAAAAAUACAACAGGCAAUGCAAGAUGAUGCCAUCUGGGCUGCCAGAAUUCAUCCCCAAAACCUAGCCAGCCCACCCCGUACAGAACAUGUAGAUCUGCAGACUGGUCCUUUUUUCGUCUGCUCAACCGUCUUCAGCAGGCCUGCAGAUCACUUGCCUGAAAUGUCUGCAGUUAGUAUGCAGUUGGUCUGUAUUAAGUGUGCAGUUCGAUUUUAUUUAGUCACGGAAAGGUGAACACAAAAAGUGGAUCGGUUCUAAAAGUAUCCCUUCACUGUCAGUGAGCUGCAAGUGAAAAGGUGAAUGACAGACCUUUAGGUCUGCAGAUUGACUGCAGCAAAGUGAAUGGAGUAUUAGAUGUCAGCUAAAAAUAUACGAAGAAAACAACACGCUGCAAGCCAAAAGGUGACCUAAAGGUGACCUUUAUUUAAGAAUGGUAAGAGGCAUCGAAAGAGUAACUUAAAAUUAUCUUUUUUAAAAAUAAAGAGAACAGCGAUUGCUCUUAUACAUAGAGUUUACACGGACAGCAGGCAAAUGAUAUUUUAAUUCGUUGCAACGGGCUAAGCUGGACAUUGCUCACCUUGACGUUUUGUCCAUGAUCCACGAUCUUCUACACUUUUUUCAUGAAAGAAAUCAACCCAAUUUUACUUUGGUCGUCGUUAAAUUUUACAAUGGACUAAGGAACGAACAUUACCACGAGCGUAUAAGAAUUUUAUAAGUGCGAAUUACCCCAUCUGAGAUUCUUGUAUCUGUGUUGCUUGCUCUGGUUCGAUUCGUCAAUACUUAGCGUAGAAGUCACUGUUCAGUGCGUUGUUUCCAAAUACGUUUGAGCUGUUCCAUCCAAAAACUUCAACAGAACUUCCAUCUCGAAACAGAACUAGAUGCAAAAACACUUAGAAUGUUUGCGGCUUUCAUUCAACGGUCGCAAAUGUGUGGGAUCCCGUGUUUGUCUAGAGAUGUAAUGGGAUCUCAAGUAAAAGGACCGACCAAUUAGAUCACGGCCUAGAAUGUCUCCAGGGAAUUAGCGAUAACAUUCCCACACUUGCCGGUCACGGAAUAAAAUUUAUUGAAAGCAUAGAAUUUGAAGGUUUAUUCAAUAAGUGAUCUUCCUUGAGCACAAGCUUACUCACAUUUCUUAGAGGUACAGUCAACGUUUUUGCGUUCUAAAAGCCUUAAUCUGUGCCAAGGCUUUAUCUGGCGAUUCAUGUUAUUGGCGCUCAAGAAGGUCAGAUCGACCACAGCUGAAUUGUAGCGACGUUACUGCAGCUCUUUCGCAGCGUUUGAAAGUCGGCAACUGCGCUGCAAAACCGCUGCCGAGAGCUUCAAAGAACCUUCAAAGGCUGCACAGCGCUUUUGCAGCCCGCUGCAACUUGAAUGAAGCUGCUGUUUGGCUUCUAAAAGGCUGCUGAACAGCUGUAAUUUAGCUGUACAGCUAUUUUGAAGCAAUUUUGUGGCGCUGUACAGCACCGCAAGUUUCGUGCAGGUGGUUGUCUGCACAGCGUCUGCUGCAGAUCAAGUGCAGACAUAAUAAUAGAUCCUUAUUGCAUAAUCACCAAAAGUCACGAAAGGUCUGCAACAGACUUGCUGCAAACAAGAUAAAAGGCAACACACAGUCAAAGAAGAAGUCAUUUUCAUGAGAUGUCUGUCACAGAGAGUAUGCAGACUUGCAGACUUCAGUUUUGCGUCAAAUUGGUCUGCUGUAUGACUGAACAGACCUGUGACAGACCUGAGAAAGGCCUUCGGCAGAUCUGCAAGUUACGUAUGGGACCCUCUCAUAUGAAUGCAGUGAAACUUUUACAAAGGAUUUAGUGAUAAGGAGAUAUCUCAGAAACUGGGCUGGCCUAGUCAACCGGGCUUGUGAAGGGGUCUCGAGUAACAUUAUAACAAUAUUUUUGUUGCAUUGAAUUUAGGGUUCAGUGAAUGGGGAGAUUGACAGGACAGCAGAUUUAAAGGAAGCGGGGAAUGAUCCUGAAGCAGAGAACUCUCAAGAUGCAGGAACUGUAGAAACAGGAGAACAACAUCAACAAACUGAUCUUGGAAGAUCUAAAUCAUCACAGAGUGAUCAUAUUUAUGACUCAGUUGAUGCAAACGUAAUUUCAAAUCCCUUGCAGGACGAAAACAGGACAAAAUUGACAUCUGCAUCUUCUUUUGAUCAGGAGAAGGAGCAGAGUUCUACAAUUGUUCAGGGUGAACAUGAAUCAAAUACUGCUGUUCCUAAAAUUGAAAUAAUUGAAGGGUCUACUACGUUAAGUGAUUCCAGUUCUGAUGAGGAUUCUGAUGCUAGCGAAGAGAGGAGAAAAAAGAAAUUGACAAAGAAAAAGAAAACUGAUGAAAAUAGGUCAGAUGACUAUGAUGAUGUGAAUGAACUUAGAAGUCAAAUAGACAGCUUAUCAAAGGAAAAUGAAACAAACAAAGAACGUAUAGAAAAUGUAUUGAAAGAGAAAAUGUCAUUAGAGGAAUUUCUUGAGGAUGAAAGAAGUAAAACCCAGGUAAUUACAGUUGGUAACCAUAAACAUGUAAGGAGGUGUAUGAGUAAUUUAGCGCAGAUGCUGUCGUCAGGAAAAUUUAGUGGUCUCUAUGAUACUGUUAUUGUAUUCUAGGGCUGUCACUGAGGGUCAGGGGCAGAAAUUCUGUUCAAACUGUUGAACAGCUGUUCAGACCACCACCUACUAUAAUUGCACAUAAUCAGAGACUUGAAAUCUUAGUGAUCAUUCGAUCAGUAUUCUGUAUUUUGUUUGGUGAUUUAGUCUCAGGUUGGAUCAGUGCAGAGUUUAACUGAUUAGAAUUAGAAAAAGAAGUCUUAUUGUUAUUGGUAGUCUAUGUGCAACCACCACCCUUUAUCAAAAGAACUACAUGUAGUGGACCCCAAUAUUGGAGACACCCAAAAAGUCUUUCCUGAGAUCACCACUUCAGUUUAGGGUGAAUUAAGUCUGUUUUAAUUACUAUUUUGUCAGAAAACCAUUAAAUCUGUGAUAAGUAUAGGUUACUAUGACAUUAAUCUUUCAUUUUCAUUUCUUCUUUAUUUUUAAUUGCUUAUCAGGUGCUUAGCAGAGAAAAAGAAGAACUCAGAGAGCAGCUUUCUAGUCAGUCUGGUGAUCCUGGUAAUAGUGCAGCUAUAGUUGAAGAAAAAGAGAAGCUGAUUACAGAAUUACAACAAGAAAAACAACAGCUGCAAGAGAACAUUGAGGAUUUGAAGAAAGAGAAACAAGAAACAAUUUCUUCAUCGAGAGAAGCUAUACAGGAUCUUGAGAACAAGUUGAAAAAAUCCGAAGCAGAAAACAGGGCAAAGGAUCAAAGACUUCAGGGAGCU